AUGAGGAAAACCAUGUCCUCUUGCAUGCUGUCCCUGCACUCAGAGCUCCAGGACACGUUUACCAUGUCGACAGUGUCCAGUCCUCCCCAAAGUGAUGUCUCCUACAGCAAUCACAGCUGGACAGAAACACUGGGCAGUGGAGAGAGGGCGCAUUCCCAAAAAGCCCUGGAGUCAACAGAGCAGGACCUUCUGCUGGCAGAGAGGGAGCAAGACAUCGCUCGGCUGCAGGACGCACUCAGGCGGGAGCAGGAGAACAGCAAACGUCUGCAGGCGCGAUGCAACCGGCAGGCCUGGGAACUGAAGUGCAAAGAGAAGCAGAACAGCCGCCUGAAGGAGAAGCUCUCUCAGCUGCCUGACAAGAUCAGGGAGCCCAAAGCCUUGCUGUCAAAUCGGCCUUCAAAUUUUGCGCACGUCUUCAGUGGUAACCCUUUGUCAGCUAUAGACUUGCUGAAUGUCCUGCCAAGACCACUUGGGAAGAAACCUCCUGCCAGGGGUGUGAUGACAGAGGCAAGGAGGGAGGAGGAGGUGCUGAGGCUGAUGCUGGAGAGAGUGGAGUCUGAACUGAGGGAGGCGACAACCCUGGGACACAGUGUCGCCGCGCUGCUGCGCUCUCUGCGGGACAGACAUGGAUCGAGUGAGUGGGACCUAGGGACUUUACAGGGCUCCACAGAGGCUGUAGAGGAAGCAUUUGACUGUGAGGCGCUUGUCCAGACAGAGGCACUGCUGGGUGAACGUGUGACUGGGGGGGUUGUCCAAGCGUGGAGCAGGAUUCAAAAGAAACUUCAGCAGUUCAUCUCUCGGGGCCUGUCCUCUAGUGCCGUGGGGACCGAUCAAGAGAAGCUACUGGCUCAGCUGGAGGCCGAACUGGAACAAAACAAGCAGCUGGUCAGAAUGCAGCAAGAGCUCUUGGAGGACAGCGUUCAUCCCCUGCUGCCCCCUGCCUUGGCAGACUCGUAUUAUUUGGAAGAGUGGGAGCGGCUGCAGUUGAAGUGGGCGGAGUUUGAAGAUCAGAGGCGGAGCUUCCAGAGGGAGCGCCAGGCGUUUACCGAUGCCGCCAUCCGGCUAGGUCGUGAGAGGUGCCAGUUUGAGCAGAAGAAGGCGUCGCUACUCAGACAGCAGUUUCUGUGUCACUCCCCUUGCGUUCAGCAGCGGAGGGAGAGCAGCACAAUGAAUGUUUCUAGGUCAGAUCCCAUGACCUGCUCUAGCCACUUGCAAGCCACACCUUCAUCCUUGGAAUCAGGUAUCGCUCCCUGGUCAGAGCAGACACCUGUUGGAACCCCCAGUACCCCUGAGCUCUUCUCCGCAUUGAGGUUGUCCCCCGGCCCCAGGCUGUCCCCAUGUGAUAUGGAAGAGACUGACCUCAAGAUCGUGUGUAUUGAGACUACCUAA